AUGCCGGACAACAAGAAACCCCCCGACAACUCCAUGCCCCCUCCGCCCAUGGACCCCUUCCCCACCUAUCAGACUCCCUAUCCUCGCUCCAACAAAGACGACGAGAACCCAUUCAUCCUGUUCCGUCGCUUCGCUGACGAGCAGUUCUCCUCGUUCUUCUCCGGAUUUCCCCAAUUCUUCGGCGUCUCUCCCGGACGCAGUGACCGCUUGAAGCAGGAAGUCGACGACCUGAUGCGCCAGCGACAGGAGUGGGAGGAGGGCUUCCGGAAGCAGGUCGAGCAGGAGAUGGAGGAGAUGAGACAGCAGCUGGAAAAGUCCAAAAAUGAAGCAUGGCGGUCCAUGGAAGAUGCGUGGAGACAACACUCGAUGGAGAGCAGGAGUGAAGCAAAGGAGACGCCGUGGUGGACCCGAGGCAGGGCUGCCCGCUGUCCUGCUUUGAACGGCCAAGAGCCGCAGAAGAAUGCGGCCAAGUGCCCUGCUCUGUACGAUGAAGCAGGACAACCCCGGACAGAAUUGGAUGCCUAUUCUGCGGUUCCGUGGAAAGAGAAUGACAAACAAGUCCAAGUGUUCGCCGAGGCAUCAGCUCACGGAUCGACCGAGAAGAACUCUUCCAGGUCUUGGUUCUCUGCUCUUGGUUGGGACGGCAGACAGAAAGAGAAGCACUCGACCAACAACAGCGGCGAUACGGACGAGACCAAAAACGUCGCUCGAAGCGAGAAGCCCAUUUCUCCGCCCACGACAUACUCUCUCUGGGCAGCUCGCCGGAUGGAACCGUUCAAUAACCCGGACGAGACCAUCCCCUGGCUUAUGCUCAGCCCUUACUCUCCAAUAUACCUCUGCAAUCCUGCACAACCGCGACUUUUCAAAGUCAAGAUCCAAGAUUCGGAAGGCGUGCCAUUUCAGAUCUCUGGCGCCAAGUUCUUCGAGAGAUGGUACACGAGCGUGGACGAGAAGAUGGCGAGGCACAAACCUUGGGCUGACGCGUUUGAGGAUCUGUUGAGCUUGGAGCAGACAGGAAAGAUGGUCGAUAGGGACAACUGGAAUACUUGGCGAACUCCCAAGACUUGGAUACACGACAUGGUGAACCGGGGCAGUUUUGGGAACCGGUGGGGCUUCAGCGAGCAAGGUAUGCUCGUCAAACGCUCGAUUGACUCGAGAUUUGCGGCCACGACAAAAUCCCUACCAACCUCGGAAGAUCUCUGUGCCAGAUGGCGCUGGAACCGUCAAUGUCGACACAAUAAAUCGGUAGAAGAUCCCACGACGUCGGAGAAGGAGCCAGAGGAGGGAAAGCCGCAGCUUGACAGUCUCGUAGCUGCUGCCACAGGUGCAGCUGUUUCUGCUGGCGAUCAAACUUCGCAGAAAGAACCUGAGACGGCAGCUGUUGUCUCCGUCAAUGAGCCGGUUACUCCUCUCCCAUCAACAAUAUCUCCAUCAGCUUACUCGUACGGCUCUGUCCCGAGCAACAGCGAAGACGUGCAGCCUGCCAACAAGUCUGUGGUUGGAACUCUGACUACGAUCUCCACGCGGACAUUACCGGAUGGCUCCGUCGAAUCGAGAAUGGUCGUUAAAAGGCAGUUCGCAGAUGGGACAGAAGAAACCGAUGAGAACUUCGGCGUAGUGAAUCUUCCCGUCCCGAGCGCCCGCCCCGAGACCGAUAGCCGGGAGACACAGAAUCUUUUUCAAUCUGAACUGGAUGGGCAGCAGAAGGACGAAGAACAGCAGCAACAGCAACAGCCUGAAGCCUCCAAGCGGUUCCCUCGGAGGAUUCCAAUCACGACGGCCGAGACAGAACCGGAGUUGGAGCACGAGCAGCAACCACUACCAAUGCAACAGCAAGAUCAAACCAACAACCACGAGCGGUCCAGACGGAGUGGUGGUGGGUGGUUCUGGAACUAA